GUACCUUACCUUAUUUUCUUCGUUUUAUUAAAAAAAAUAAUAUUUAUUACUUUCUUCUUCUAUAGAUCAAGACUAUUUAAAAUAUUGUAUUGGAUUUUAUCGCGAUAAUCAUGUGAUGAGAAUUACGGAAAAAAUAUUUAAUUUUAAUAAAGGACAUUAUCCAAAAAUACCAGAAGGAUGUAAGAAUGCUAACUCUACAAAAGCAAAAAAUGAAUAUUUAUUAAAACUUAAUGAAUUAUUUCCCGAAUGUGAUGUGGGAUUUUUAAGAGAAAAGUUAUGUAGUGUAGAUCAAAAUCACUUACAACAAGUAAUUGACCGAUUAUUAACUAUGGAUAAAUCAGGAGAUAAAGGAGGAUAUCCUCGUAGGGUAAAUCAAUUUAUUAUUGAACCAUGGGAGUUGGUAAGAUCACAAAGUUAUAGAAAAGCUGUUAGAUAUAGAUUAUAUAAUGAUUUUCCUGAAACUUGGCGUUCUACGAUAAAAGCAAUAUUAGCGGAAAAUAAUUUCGAUUACAGAAAAAGUUUUGAAAAAUUGAAGGAUUUAACAACAAAUAAUUGGUGGAAUUCUAUAUUUAGUAUAUUUCGUAGAAAAUUAUAUAAAGAAAUGGAAAAUCCUGAAUUAUUAGAAGAAAUACAAAAGUUACAAUAUGUUAAAUUAGAAGAACAAUCAAAGGCUGAUCAUGAAAUAGCGAAGCAAGUUAAUUUCAGUGAAUAUACGAAUAAUGAUCAAUUAAUAACUUGUGGUUGUUGUUAUGGUGAUUUUCCUUUUGAAGAUUUGACUUGUUGUAGUGAAGGUCAUUUAUUCUGUAAAGAUUGUAUUAAUCAUUUGGUACAAGAAGGUUUAUUUGGUCAAGGUUCUUUACGUGGUAAACAAAUUAAUUGUAUUGAACAAGCAGGUUGUGAUGGUUAUUUUACCGAUGAUCAGCUUAAAUCAACUUUACUUCCUGACGUAUUUAAGAAUUAUUUAGAUUCUUUGGUAGAACAUUCUUUAAAACAAUCAAAUUUAUCAUUAGUACAAUGUCCUUUUUGUAAUUAUUGCGAAGUAGAUGACAAUGACUUAUUUCUUACUUUUAAACAGUUUAGAAUACCCAAAUCUUCAAAAUCUUUUAUAUUAUUGGCUAGUUUACCUGUAGCUAUUUUACCUUUAUUUACUAGUUUUGAAAGUAUUUUUAGUAUUUUUACAGCUUUAAACGUUGUAAUUAUAUUAAUUCUUCCUCAAAUUGUUUGGAAUGUGAUGGGUGUUUAUCCACUUAAAGCUUGGGUUAGCGAAUUAGACAAUAUCGUUAAACGUGUGAAGCGAAGACGCAGAGGAAACGUAUUUAAAUGUCAAAAUCCCGAAUGUCGUAAGACAUCUUGUUUAUUAUGUAGUAGGGAAAGUAAACCUUUUCAUAAGUGUUACGAACGAGAACAGGAUAGUUUACGUCUUUUUGUGGAAAAAGCUAUGGCGGAUGCUGUUAAACGAACCUGCCCAAAAUGUCAUAUAUCAUUCACAAAAGCCGAUGGAUGCAAUAAAAUGACGUGUAGAUGUGGUUAUGUUAUGUGUUAUUUAUGUAGAAAGGAUUUGCGGCAAGAAUCUUAUGCACAUUUUUGUGAUCAUUUUCGUCCUAUUCCAGGACAAAAAUGUAAGAAAUGUAAUAAAUGUGAUUUAUAUAAAACUGAAGAUGAAGAAAAAGUCAUUAAAGAAGCUGCUACAAAAGCUCGUAAUGAAUUUUUAAAGUCGCAUCCUGAAGCAAGAGGUGUUAAUCUCUUAGAAAAUAAUGUUAUUGGUCCUGUUACUAACGAAGAUGAUAAUUAUUAUAGGGAAACAUUUGAAAAGGCAGUUGAAAAGGUUGUUGAUUAUUUAUUACCUUGACAUUUAAAUAGACUCCAUAAUAUCUUUGAAUUAAAGUUAGUGCGUUCAAUUAUGUGACCACGUUAUAAAAACUCUUUUUACUUAAAAUAUUUAUUUAUUAAUCAGUAAUAUUAUUUAAGAACAUUUGAAACAAUUUUUACCUUAACAAAUUUAUUAA